AUGGCUCCUGACAAAAGGAGAAAAUAUGCACGAUGGCAGUUUACCGCACCUGCUUUUACCGAGGCGCUAAUCGAUCACCUUUCAGGUUUGAUCUCGCGAAGCACUAUACUUUAUGUCACGUAUGCUGUAUGCAACGAUGCCACCGGCAACCGUCUCCUCCAAGGAUACAUUGUAACUAGUAGCCGUCAGCGUAUCCCCACUGUGCAUCGCUUAAUUGGUAAUGUAUUCCUCAAAGGUUGCACCUCGUUCAAGCCAAUCCUAUUGGAAAUUCAGACGACAGCGUCCUUUGAAGAGUUCGGUGCAGAUGACCACUCGGAAUGCUUCCGCGAAAGAGUCAAAAGCAUGGUAAGCAUAAUCCAACAAGGUGCGUCCAUCUACCACCUGUUCGAUUCAGGAUUCGGUGAUGUAUGCAAAGAAAAUCCCUCUGCGGUACAAAUGCUUAUGACGAAGGUGGAGAAAAAGAAGGCCUCCUCUGAAACGGCGAAGCCAUAA